AUCUAAUCGCUAGCACACCCUGAGCACAUCUGGAUUUUGGGAAGCACUUAUUAGCUCGAGUUUUUGGGUUGAUAAUGCUCCCAUUGUUCCUGUACACUACAAUAUUUGCUGUUCACUUUAUUGUCUUAAACAGAAGCGGUCCUGGGGAUGGGUUCUUCAGCUCUGCCUUUCAGUCUCGCUUAAUUGGAAACAAUCUGCACAACGCCUCCAUGCCAGAGUAUCUGGCAUAUGGCUCUGUCAUAACUGUGAAGAAUCUGCGAAUAGCAGGAGGGUAUCUGCACUCUCACUGGCACCUUUACCCAGAAGGUGUUGGAGCUCACCAGCAACAGGUUACAGCCUAUUUGCACAAAGAUUAUAACCUAUGGUUGGUCAAGAGACCUGACAACUCUGACGAUCUCACAGGGCCUCCAGAACUGGUCCGACAUGGUGACAUCAUUAGACUGGAACACAAAGAAACUACAAGAAAUCUUCAUAGUCAUUUCCAUGAAGCUCCACUGACCAAAAAGCACCUGCAGGUCACAGGUUACGGCAUUAACGGAAGCGGAGACGUGAAUGACUUGUGGCAGGUGGAGGUGUGUGGAGGGAAGAAAGGAGAUCCGGUGAAGGUGUUGCGUAGUAAAGUGCAUUUUCUCCAUCGCUCUACAGGCUGCGUGCUUUGCUCCUCUGGAAAGACUCUUCCCAAGUGGGGAUGGGAGCAAGUGGAGGUCACAUGUAGCCCAUAUGUCAAAGAGACCCCCAACACACAGUGGAACAUUGAGGAUCACAUCAACCCUAAACUGCCCAACAUCAGUCUUUCAGUGCUCAAACCAACUUUCCAGGAGAUCCUCUGGGAGUCUCAUAUUGUGAUGAUCAGGGGAAACAGUGGUUUAAAGCCCAAAGACAACGAGAUGAACUCUAAACCCUGGCACUGGCCCAUCAACUAUCAGGGUUUGAGGUUUUCUGGAGUGAAUGAGACAGAGUACCGCGUUUAUCUUCUCGGGAACCCUGUCAUCUGGUGGCUGAAUCUCUUGAGUCUGGCUCUGUUUGUUUUAAUGCUGACAGUGGCAUCUUUAGCAAAACAGAGAGGAGUGAAGAUGGAGGGAAUGAGGAAAGUGCACUGUCACACUCUCAUGGAGGGUGGUGGGAUGCUGCUUUUGGGUUGGCUAUUACACUACCUCCCAUUCUACGUCAUGGGUCGCAUACUCUACUACCACCAUUACUUUCCUGCCGUGUUGUUCAGCAGUAUGCUCACAGUUAUUUUGAUUCGCAUUCUGACGGCACCCAUUCACUACAAAGGAUCCAUUGGUAUUACUCUGGACAUCUUCCUCCAGAAUUUACACCUUCUCCUUAGUUCAUCCAUAUCCCAUCAUCUUAUGAGGGGAGGUCAAUUUAUAUUCCUGUUAGGGUUCAUCUACAGCUUUUAUCUCUUCCACCCUCUCUCCUAUGGUAUGAGGGGGCCGCUGGCACAAGACCCUGCCUCGUCCAUGGCUGGCCUCAGGUGGAUGGAAUCCUGGGAAUUUUAGACAAUUUUAGACAAUUUUGAAGUGUCCAGGUCUUCAUAAAAUCUUUUUAACCAUUUCAGUUGUUACAUGUUGACUGGCUCAUUUCAUUGUGGAAGUAGUCUUUACUCUGCUGUUAGGCUGUGAUGAAACUGAUUAUUUCAAUAUUAUUUUUAUUUUACAUUAAAGCUUGAUGGUGUUUAACUGCUGUAGCUGGACUGAACUAAACUGACAAUUAAUAAAGUGCCUUUCUGGUUUCAGAUUUCAUCAGACUCUGAUGAUGUAUAAA